AUGGUCCAGCAAUCCUCGCAGCGGCGGCCAGUACAGAACAGCGAGGUGUAUGUACUGAGCCAAGUGCCACCGUUCCCGCCUCUCUGCCCUCCUUCGCCCAUCACUCCCGCCGAAGACUUUGACGACGCACCCGCCGAUGCCCGGAGUCUUACCCAGCCGGACAUUGCUGUCUGCGGCAAGAGGCUGGCCAUUGAGGAACGCCUCUCCCGCGCUGUGCACGUCAUCGCCACCGAGACCGCCGCGCUGCACAACCUCACGCAUCUCUACUCCACGGACAGCUGCGCGCGCGACGGUUUCACUCGUGCCGCCGACACCAUCACCAGCCGCCAUGGCAACGGCGGCAAGCUGGUAGUCAUUGGCGUCGGGAAGUCGGGUCACAUCGCCAAGAAGCUCGUCGCAACCUUCAACAGCUUCUCCAUCACGGCUGUCUUCCUUCAUCCCACCGAGGCCUUGCACGGCGACCUGGGCCAGAUCUCGCCGCAUGACACGCUUGUCAUGAUCACCUUCUCGGGCAAGACCCCGGAGCUUAUGACGCUCCUCCCGCACCUGGACGUGUCCCUUCCGCUCCUCGUCCUCACCUCUCACACCAGCCCCGAGACAUGUGAGCUGAUCCGCUACCGGCCCAACGCCAUUCUCCUGCCGGCACCCGUACACGAGAGCGAGACGACCUCCUUUGGCGUGGCCGCGCCCACCACCUCGACCACCGUGGCUCUCACCGUCGGCGACGCCCUCGCCGUUGUCGUGUCACAGGAACUCUUCCCCUCCGUCGCCUCCGUUUUCUCGCGGAACCACCCCGGCGGCGCGAUCGGCGCCGCUUUCUCGCAAAAACAACCACAGCAACAGCCACCAGCGACACCAUCAUCGCUACCGGCACAACCAUCGCUAGCAACACAACCAUCGCUAGCAACACAACCAUCACCAGCGACACAGCAACCACCAACACCCCGGCAGCAACAACUACCACCCACCGUAUUCUCCGCCCCAACAAUCUGCACCCUCAUGGUCCCCUUCGCCACCAUCCCGACCCUCAAAGCCCCACCACGCACUACCACGGACACCACCCCUCCCAAACCCCUCACCGGCCUAGACGUCCUCCGCACCGGCUACAUCAGCCCAUCCGGGUGGGUGUGGGUGUGCCUGCCCCCACCCAACAACAACAACAACAACAGCGCGAGCGGUGAUGGCGAGGGGGCGGUCUCGCCGCGGCGGAUCCGACGCAUGGACGACGCCGACGUGGCGCGCCCGCUGGAUGAGACGGGGGGGCUGGUGACGCCGAGGCGGGCGUUUGUCUCUGUGGAGGCGGGGACCAGCGUG